GAUCUCCAUUAGAAGAGAAAUUGAAAAGUAUAAAAUAAAGAUGCGCGCUAAAAUCAAGUCACUUCAGCUCUUCAGCGCCUCAGUAUGUCUUUGUUUAACUAUUUAACUAAGUGCCAUAGUUCCUCAUAUAAGUAACUUCCGCCCAAGACUAUGAAUCGCAAAAGUCAAGUUAUCACAGAGGGAUGUGGCUAAACGACGACGUAACGCUAGAGGGCGUUAUAAUGCUGUCUGCAUUUUCGGAUAAAGAUAGAAAAGCAGUGGAGGUUUGAGAUGUUAUUAUUUAGAUGAGAAUCGACAUAUAAUUUUAGAUAUUGCUACUGUUCACUGUUAUGAUGGAUAUAAAUACAGCAUUGGUUUGUACAGCUGUUUUUGUUUUCUCAGCCAUUAUGGUUUAUUUAAUUUCUGUAUUUGGAAUGAAAGAACGAACAUAUGAAGAAGCUAUAGAGGAACAAAGACGACGAAAUCAAGAAGCAUCUCAUCAUGUAAAAUCUGAUAAAUCCAAAAAAGAUAAGAAGUUUAAAAAAUGGAGAAGUCGAAAAGAAAAGAGUAGUGAAGAUGAAAAAUUACUUGAAGGAUCAAUUGAAUUAGAACAUGUUAAUCAUCAUGCAGACUUUAAGACAGAAUCUACAAUGAUGGAAGAUUCAGAUACUGAACCAAAAGUGAAACCAAAGAAAAGAUCAAAAUUUUUUAUUUCUAAAAUUUCUUCUCUGAAUAGAGAUGAAGCAACUCAACUUUCUUCUUCAACAGAAGAAACAGAUGAUGAGCAAACUACUACUUUUUCAAAAAAUUUUCCAGAAAAUGAUACAAAAAAAUUAAUUAAUGAACAAUCUGAUUUAGAACAGCUACAACUUGAAAAAGAAAAUGAGAUAAAUGGAGUUCAAGAGGAAAAGACACAAAAACAACAGAAUUGUAAUAGAAUUGCAAAACAAAUUGAUCAAUCAAAAACAAAUGAAACUUACAAUCUUACUUCAUCCAAUAAGUCAUCUCCUGUGAAAAAGAAAAAAAUCAGAAAUGAUGUUGCAGGUGUGGAAAAAUCGGAUAUAACAGGAAAUAAACUUCUAACAUUGUUAAAAAAUGCAUCUCUUAAUGAUGAUGAUAUCCAAAUGAUGAUUGAUGUUCUUUUAAACAAACAGAGUGAUAGUUCUGAAUGGACAAAGAAAAAUGAUCCAGUUGCAGUUUUGAAGAAGCAUCUUCAAGAAAAUGAAUCUGCACUUGAAACAGAACAAAAAUUAGUUCAAGCAGCAAAUGCCAAGCUUAAAGAACUUAGGCAAGAUCUGAUUCAUGAAAAAAGUAAAGCCACUACAAAUGACAGAAAUUUGAGAGAAAAGAUUAAUCAGCAACAACAAGAACUUCAGAAUUUACAUAAUCGUAUGCAGUGUACACUUGAACAACAUUUAUCUGAGAGAUCUAAUUUGCAAUCUAAACUUCAGCAAGCUGAACAAAUUCAGAAAAAAUUAAAUGAAGAACAUAAUAUUACAGUUCAGAGAUUAAAAGAUGACAAGAGUCAACUUCAGCAAGCCCUUUCACGAUUAGAGACAGAUCAAAAAAGGAGUUCUCUAGAAAUAACUAGGUUACAACGAGAAGUUGAGCAAUUACUUUCGACUAGGGAACAAUAUGAAACAAGACAAGCUGCAAUGCAACAAGCCCAAGAUGAUCUUCAUCAUCAAAUACAACAAUUAGAAGAACACAUUCAAAAACUUGUCUCCACACACAAAGAAGAUGAAUUUAGUUAUAAACAACAUUUAACUGAUAUGAACAACAAAUUUCAGCAAGCAGAGUCUGCUAAAACUGCUUUAACUCAAGAUUUGCAAAAUCUUCAAUCUAUAUGUAAUUCCUUAGAAUCUGAAGGAAUUAAAUUGCGACAAAGGCUUGAAGAAGCAGAACAUUUAGCAGGAAGUAAGACUCAUGAAUUACAACAAUUACAGAAGACAUUAGAGGAAGCACAUAAGAAACACAUGGAAUUAGCUAAUUGUUGUGAUCAACUUCAAAGUGAAUUACUCCAGAUGAAAAACAAAGAGAAUGAACAGAUUGAACAAAUUGAAGAUCAUCAAAAAGAAAAUAAUAAAUUAACAGAAGAAUUAGCUAAUGCAAUUAAUGAAAUUGAAAAGCUAAAACUCCAGCAAAUGGAUAAGAUAGAUCUGACGGAACAUACAAAGAUAUUAGAAGAAAGAGAGGUUAUCACAAAUGAUCUCUCACAGAAGUUAGAUGAUCACAAAUUUCAAGUUAAUAAUUUGAAAGAUCAAUUAAGAAAAUUAACAGAAGAAAAUAAGAAACUUUUAGAAGAACAGAAUAAGGUACAGGAAGAAAUUGAUGCAGUUAAAAUGAAUGCUGAUAAAAAAGUGAAAGAAUCUGAAAUCAAAGCUGAUGAAAGAAUAAAAAUGAUUCAAGAAGCAGCAGAGGAAAGAGCACAGGAAAUUCAAAAAGAAGCUGAAAAAUGUAAAAUUGUUCAAAAAUCACUUGAAGAAGCAAAUCUAAAAAUUGCAACAUUACAAAAAAAUGCAAGUGAAGUGGAUAAAAAAAUAAAUGAGAUAUCAAUUGAAGCAAGUACUAAAGUUUCUGAAGCCAAAGCAAAUGCAGAAGCUAAAAUAGAACAGAUAUUGAGAGAGGCUGCAGAAAAAUACAAUGAAGUUCAUCAAGAUUAUGAAGAACGUUUAAAAGAAGAACGAGCAACUCAUAAAGAAGAAAUUGGAAAAUUAACUUUAAAUUUAAAGGAACAACAGAAAGCUUAUUCAAAUAUGGAAGACAAUUUUAUGAUAUUCCGUAGUGAAGUGGAUAAAAUGUUGGAUAAGACAAAAAAAGAAACAGAAAACAAAAUGCUUGAAAAGCAAAUAGACUUGGAGAAUAAAGUGAAAGAAUUUCAAAAAAUUAUAGAUUUAAAACAUAAUCAAAUAAAUCAGCUUAAUGAGCAAUCUUCAGAAUUGCAAAAACAGAGAGAUCGAGUAUCAGAAAUUUUACAAAGGCUUUUCCCAGAUGUAUGUGUUAACUGCAAACAGUAUCAGGAUGAAUGGUUUGUUCAAUUUGAAGAAAAAUCAUCCAAUAUCUUAAAUAAUUAUAAAAAAAUGAUAAAUGAUCAAGAAAUAUUUAUUUCUGAUUCAAAAAAGACUGGUCAAGUGAAUGUUUUAGAAUCGAAAGAAUAUAAUGAAAAGCUUGAAGCUCAGGUACUUCAUUAUAAGAAGGUUUUAUCUGAAACAGAAGACAUUCUUAACAAACUACAGACAAGUGUUGAAACUGAAGAACUUACAUGGGAAAAUAAAUUGAAAGCUAAAGAUGACUUAAUCAAAAAGAUAAUUUCUGAAAAGGAAGAAAUGAGUAGGAAAAUUUUGGAAGAGAAAAACAAAGAUUAUAAAAAGAUGGAACAUGAUUUAAUAUGCUUACAGAACCAGAUAGAUUUUGAAAAGGAUACAAGGGAUAUGAUGGAGAACAAUCAUGAAAUGGAGAAAAAAAUGUUACUUGAUUUACAGCUUGAGAUAAAGAAUGAAUUAGAAGAAAUGAAAGCAGUAAAAUCAGAAAAGGAUAAAGAAAUAAGUCAAAUAAAUAAUGAACUGCAACAAAUGAAAUUUCAGUUGGAAAAGGAAAAGAAAAUUAACAAUGAAUUGUCAGAUCAAAUAACAAAUCUUAAUUUAUUAGUUAAAACAAGUCAAGAUGCUAUAAAGGUUGAACAAGAUCUUGUCAAAGAACUUCAAGCCCAAUUAUGUAUGAAUAAAAAUUCUUCAAAUGGUCCCACUAUUCAGGCUGAAAUGCCAAUAACUGCAAAUUCACGAUCAGUACAAGUAAAGAGUGAUAAACCUAAAAAGUCCAGGAAAAGGGGUUCUUCCAACAGGAAAUAGUCAUGGCAAGUUUCCUCGUCAAUGUGUUUCCUCUGCUUAUGUUAAACAUGUGCUGCUUUUUUGUUUGGUUAGUUUUGUGGGAAGAAAGAAAAUGAUGUAACUAUUUAUUAUAAAGUUUCUCUAUAGUAAAAAAUUUACUUACAGAAAUACCAUUAGUGUAAAUGAGUAAUUAGAAUUUUAACUACGCACGAAUAUAAAAGUUGACCUUUAUUUAUUCUACCAUAAUUUUGCACUUGUAAAUUUUUGCAAAACAGUUAACUGUUCUGCUCUGUAAAAGGUGCUUUUACUAAAAUUAGUGUCAAUGUAUAUUUAAUGUUAAUAUGAGAUGUCUAUAAAAAAAUAUUUGUAAUUAGUAUUAAAAAUGUUUUUGCCAAAUUAUUGGAAAUGUCUUGUACAAAUUUAACUCUAGAUUUUUAUAUUAUGUUGAAUUGCAUGUGUUUUUACUUAAGUCCAAAUGCUUUAAAAACUGUAGUAAUAAAUUAUAAAUAAAAUUUGAAUCUUA